AUGGACGACCCCCAGAGACAGAUUGGGCGUUCAACGUCGAGUAAGCUUCCACGGAGCAAAGAGGAGCUGGAGCUUAGAAAUUCCACUGAAAAUCUGGCACUCAUCGUUGGGGAGUACCUGCUGGAGCCGCCCCUAAAACCUCGAAAUUCAGAUCUUCGCGUGGCCAAUAUCGAAGACUUCGAUCAGAGCCAACAUCUCAGUAUAGACACCGCAGACACUGUGCUGGUGGCAGUGCCCUUCAAGACUCAACAGCUGAAUCUCUAUCAGUUGACGAAUAUGUCGGAUGGGUUGUGCGAGAUGCAACCUAUCGUAAUUGAAAAAUCACUUCGGAUAAAAUCGAUAAUGUGGUACCAAGAAUUCGUUAAGAACCCUCGAAUCGCAAAGGCCAAGGAUCAAUAUGCACAGAUUAUGAACGGCAUUAAGGAAUAUAUCAGAUUGACUCGGGGUCCCACUAUCGACCCAGACGCAGAGUCUCAAAGAACCAUCGAAAUGGCUCUCAAGGUGUAUCAAAGAGCAGGGUCGAUAGAUACCCUUGGACGGGUCAUAGAAGAAACAAGGAAGAGGCUAUACCGGUAUCGAAAGAGUCGCAAUCCAUCUGUCGAAAAGCACUUGGACAAUAUUCGGCUGCUUGGUGGUGGCUACAUGACCUCGAAUAGUGCAUCCAGUUUCAUCGAUGCAUACAAGGCCCUGUGGCCCGAUGCGGUAACUUCCAGCACCGCAAGCAUCGUCACUCCUAAGGCCAUUAUGAAGCUUGAUGCUGCAAUACACCAGGGCGUACUCACUGAUCAUAUGUUUGACACUUUUUGCAUCCCCGAUGCAUUCUACCGGACUUUCGUAAUGAUAUUUUGCGACAAGGCAUUUGAUGCCGGUUUCAUCGACGAGGGCGAGGACGAGGACGAUGAUGACGCCGAUGACGACCCGAAUCUACGAGAAAUUGUGGCUCGGGCAUACGAACUGACGAAAGGAUGUGUAGGGGCGUCCCUGCCAACAGACCACACCGUGCAGCCUAUCUGGGAAGACGUCGGCAUUGAGUUCAUCUCGAAGAGGAUUACGACAGAUGAGCAAUGGAUUCGGUUUCUUGAUGGUCACAUUAAUAAGAUCUUGGGUCAUUUCCAGAUUGAAGCGAAUCUGGAACUGGUCGACACGCCAAACAUUAAACCGCUUUUUCGAAAGCUUUCUACAUCUCUGGAUUCGCAGUUCACCCAUACUGGCUUAUCACGACUCUGGCACACUGUGGUCACACUCCUCAUAGAUCCGCUGAGGCGAAUGCGGAAUGAGCUUGGAGGAGAGGUCGAGAUAACGAAAGCCAUGCUGAAGGCUCUGACAGUCGACGAAGAGAUCGACCCUCUUAAUGACGAUGAAAUUCCAGGCCACAAGAGCGGUGCCCUCCGUCCAUCCCAAGAGUUCGACUAUUUUGCAUCUCCAGGUCAUGGGAGUGACGCCCUCGAUCAAGGCCAAGACAUGGACGACUAUUUUGCCGAUGAUGAAAUUCCGGCCCGUAGGAGCGAUGAUUCAGGUUCUCAGCACGAAUUUGAAGACAGGGAAUCUUUAUUGAAACAGGUUUUCAAGAAGCACCGCUCAGCGAGGCGCCCUUUGAUCUCUUCUGACCAGGAGGAUGGGAGCGACGAAGAAAAAGGCCCCGAUACCAGGAUGGGGGAUGACCCCAAAUCAAUCCACGAUUCAGAUAUGGAAUCUUCUGGAGAGGAUGAGGGUAAAGAUGAGGGCGAGGAUGAAGCAGAUUCCGAUGCUACUAUGGGGGAUGCCCCCGAAUCAAUCGACAUUUCAGAUUCAGAGAUUGGCUCUUCUGACAAAGAUGAGCGCAAUACUAUUGAUGACCAAAAUGUUCAGGCGGACAUUGAGAGCUCUGGUGCCACCACCCAGAAUGAACGAGAUGGUCACUCUUCUGAUGAUUCGGACGUUAUGAAGGACAUUCCGAUGGAGGAAGAGAAGUUCAUUGACUGGGACCUUGAGGACAUAUAA